AUGGGGGGGCUUGGCAAUAACUUGUCUGGCUUAUUGAGGACAUCACAUGAUAUGACAUGCAGCCCUUUCUUGUCUCAGCAGCAAAGGACCUUCAUACAGAUGGGGACUAUUCUCCAAGUCGCAGACAACUCAGGGGCGAAAAAGGUGAGGUGCAUACAAGCUUUGAAUGCAAGCAAGAAGGGGGCAAGAUUGGGAGACACAAUCGUUGCAUCAAUAACGGAGGCACAUCAUUUCAAUGCCGAGAUCGAGCGAAAACAUCAGAAAGAAGAGAAGAAGAAAAUAACGGGUAAAGGAGCCGUGGUGUAUGCCGUGGUUGUUCGUGCUGCCAUGCAACGAGGCCGUUGUGAUGGGAGCGAGGUCAAGUUUGAUGACAAUGCUGUGGUGCUUGUUGACAAGAAUAGUAGGCAGCCGCUUGGGACUAGAGUAUUUGGACCCGUCCCGCAUGAGUUGAGGAAGAAAAAGCAUCUGAAGAUUCUUAGUUUGGCGCAGCAUGUUGCCUGA